AUGCACAGCAGAGCUUACAUCUUGCUGCAAAGAGACUUCCGGGAGCUGAAGUACAGUAACUAUGAGGGAAUUAAGGCCGUUCCUGUAAGUGAAGAUAAGAUGAAAUGGAAAGCCGAAAUUAAAGGUCUACAGAACUCAAUCUGGCAUGGAUCGGUUUUACAACUGACAAUAAAUUUUACACCAGAGUACAACCGUGUCCCUCCAGUUGUGAAAUUUACAGUAGUUCCUUUUCAUCCAAAUGUAGACCCAUCUUCUGGUCAACCCUGCAUAGACUUUUUGGAUGACCCUGAUAAGUAUAAAAGGUAUACAUUAGGCAGCAUCUUACUUGCCUUACAG